UUAUCUGGAGAGUACUGGAUGUGGGAACACAGCCAACGAGGAGCCUCACAGAGAUCAGAGGGGAGAUCUGAGCCCCCACGUGAUGACUCACUCAGUCUGUGCCAGACACGGAAGAGAAGCCAACACCUCAGGAGACGCCAGGCCCCCACCUCUGUGUUCUGGAACACACCAGGUGGCUCAGAUUAUGAUUAGUGUGAAAUUCAUCGUCUAUGGGAUAAUUGGAAUUUCAGUUCUCCAUUACGCAACACCCAACACCGGUUUCUUCUCAUUUCAGAUAGGCUUCCCGAUAUGGGCAGCUUUACCUUUUAUCGUUUCUGGAUCUAUGACAGUUCUGUCUGCAAAGAAGCAAACCAAAGCUCUGCUGAGAGGAAAUCUGAGAGCUAACACUCUCAGCACAGUUGUUUCGAGUAUCGGAAUUCUCAUUCUUUCACACAACUUAGUAAAAACCACCUUCAUGGACUGUGACGUGGAAGAUUUAUGUCUUGGUGUCACAUCAGUUGUAACUGGUCUUGUGGUUAUACUGAUGAUCCUGAACUGUCUGCAAUUUUUAAUUACACUUGCUCUGUCCAUGCUCACCUACAAUGUGGAUGGCAAGAGAAUUGACUGGGUUUCUGCAUUAUCUUUCCUGAAAUCGGCUUCCGAAAGUCCUUAUCAAGGCUUGGUGCAUCAGCCUUCCUUCUACCAAAACCUUGAGAGGAAGGACACAUUGUUAUACUAUAACACCUGAGACAAGUACGAUAUGAGAGUAUGCUUCUGCUACCUGCAGUCAUGGAGAUGGAAACUGGAAGAAUAAAACGAGAUAAGGCCAAAA